AUGUCCAAGAGAGCUGCGGAUGUCUCGGACGAGCAGUCGGCUGCGCUGAAGGCUGGCGAGCGUCCCAUUGUCGAUGCCACCCCGGACGAAGUGGGGGAGUUUGAAGAUGAGUUUGAAGACGAAUUCGAGAGUGAAGAUGAGAUCCUAGAGGCUGGUGUCGAUGGUCGCCCCGAUGCUGAGCGCGAGGAGGAAGAGAGAGCGGAGGCUAUGGAAGUCGACAAGGAAACCUUCAUCCCCGGACGCACAAAACUGGCCCCCGGCGAGACACUUUCGCCCGAUCCUUCUACUUAUGACAUGCUUCACACUCUCAGCACACCCUGGCCAUGCCUGUCCUUCGACAUUGUGCGCGACUCGCUGGGCGACAACCGCAAAACCUUCCCCGCAACUGUCUACGCCGUCGCCGGAACCCAGGCUGAGGGAGGCCGUGCCAAGGACAACGAAUUGAUGAUUCUGAAGAUGAGCAGUCUGAGCAAGAUGGAGAGGGACAACCAGGACGAGGAUAGCGACUCGGAUGACGACGACGACAUGGGCGAGCCCAUCCUUGAGCACAAGUCCAUUCCCCUCGGCUCGACAACGAACCGCAUUCGCGCCCACCAGACGCCCUCUCAGUCCGCUGAUUAUUCGAAGCCCCCUCAAACACUCACAGCUACUAUGUUGGAGAACUCGCAGAUUCUGAUCCACGACGUCACCCCCUACCUUUCCAGCUUCGAUGUCCCCGGUUAUGCUCUGGACUGGUCUCCGCUCAACCCUCUCGGCAAGCUCCUGACUGGUGAUAAUGACGGUCUGAUCUACGCGACCUCUCGCACCGAGGGUGGCGGCUGGGUGACCGAUACCCGGCCAUUCACCGGCCACAGCUCUUCGGUUGAGGAGCUCCAGUGGUCGCCCAACGAAAAGAACGUGUUUGCUUCUGCCAGCAGUGACGGUAGUGUUAAGGUAUGGGAUGUGCGAUCCAAGUCUCGCAAGCCCGCGGUGGACAUCCAUAUCUCCAAGACCGAUGUCAAUGUCAUGAGCUGGUCGAACCAGACCUUCCACCUUCUCGCGACUGGCGCGGACGAUGGCCAGUGGGCUGUCUGGGAUCUGCGACACUGGAAGCCCAAUGCCGCGGCCCCCAAUGCUCAGAUCAGUGCUGCGCCCGUUGCUUCAUUCGACUUCCACAGGGAGCCUGUGACAAGCAUCGAGUGGCACCCAACUGAUGACAGUGUCGUUGCCGUUGGCUCGGCCGACAACACUGUCACCCUGUGGGAUCUGGCUGUCGAGCUGGAUGACGAGGAGAGUCGCCAGGCUGGCAUGGCGGAUAUUCCACCGCAAUUGCUGUUUGUGCACUAUAUGGAUUCGGUGAAGGAGGUACACUGGCAAGCCCAGAUGCCGGGUACGCUGAUGGCCACUGGUGGUAGUGGAUUUAGUGUCUUCAAGACCAUCAGUGUCUAA